GAACCGGAGAAUGCUUCAAGAUAACUCCAAGACGAGACCCGCAUCAGCAGUCGAGGAUCUCGCUCAGCCUCUUGCAGAGAAAAGGCCUCGAUUAGAAGUUCCAAACGAAACGGUAGAAGACGGCGUACCAGGGACCAUUCCUGCCGCGGACGAGUCCGCUGGCAUAUCUGAAAACCCUUCCGAGAGGGCAAAAGCAAAGCCAUCGCGUCAGCAGAAGAGGCGGAAAGAGAAACUGCCUGUACCGGGCACUUCAGAGGACGUCAUAUUCAAUGAGGUGGUUGCGCUACUCGGGAAGAGUGUUGUGGAUGAAGCGUUCGAAAAGGGAACGGAGCGGAAUUCACCGUUUGAAUUUCGAGAGAUAGUAGAGUUGACGGUGUCGAGCAUCUCUCCCAGUGGUGAAGGGCUUGCUUUAGCGCCUGCAUCUAGAGGCCCCUGGGUGGUCGUUGUUCCAUUUGCUCUACCAGGCGAGGUCAUUCAAGCACGCGUCUAUCGCACUCUCAGGAUGUACUCGCAUGCAGAUCUUGUCAGCGUCGAAACGCCAAACCCCGAGUUCCGUGACAUGAGUCUAGUCAAAUGCAAACAUUUCGGCACUUGCGCAGGAUGCCAAUAUCAAAUGAUUCCUUAUGAUAAACAACUCGAUCUCAAGCGUGACGUAGUUGUGAAAGCAUACGAGAACUACUCCGACCUGCCUGAAUCCUCGAUACCACCAAUUCAAUCCACCGUAGCAUCACCUCUGCAGUACGGGUACCGUACCAAAAUCACCCCUCAUUUCGAUGCGCCUCCCAAGAAACCUAAAAAGUCUGGCCUGACGGAGGAGAUUUCAGCCACAGAGAAGCCUGAUUGGUUGAACAUCGGAUUCAAUCAAAUAGGUAAACGGAAAGUGUUAGACAUUGAGGAAUGCCCGAUUGCUACUCCAGUCAUCAACGCGGCACUUGGACCUCUACGGAAAGGGAUCAUAAAAAAUAUAUAUGAGUAUAAAAGAGGAGUCUCACUUUUACUCCGAGAUUCUCUCAAAAGACCUGCAGUGUCGUCCGCGUUGGAGAAGCAUGUCUGCGUCACGGAUCACAGGCACAUCGUACGGGAACGCGUUGGAGACAAGCUAUUCGACUACCAGGCCGGCUCAUUUUUCCAGAAUAAUAAUUCCGUCCUCGUGCCACUAACGGAGUUCGUCCGCGACGCCGUCUUCCCCUCUUCUUCCUCAAGCCCCUCAUCCGAACGGCCGACUCAUCUCGUCGAUGCUUACUGUGGCGCUGGAUUGUUUGCUAUCACUCUCGCCCCCCACUUCCAGAAGGUAGCAGGCAUUGAGCUCUCGGCUGACUCGAUUCGCUUUGCGACGCAAAACGCCGAGCUGAACAGGCUUCAAAAGGGACUAUGUAGCUUCCGCGCUGGUGACGCCGCGAACAUCUUCAGCGUCGUGUCAGAUUUUCCGCCCGAAAAGACAGUUGUGAUCAUCGACCCUCCUCGCAAGGGAUGCGACGACAACUUCAUUGACCAGCUUUUGACGUUGAGGCCGAGGACGGUGGUAUAUGUGAGCUGUAAUGUCCACACCCAGGCGAAAGAUGUGGGGCGAAUACUGAGGUUAUCGGAGGAAGGAACUAGAGGGAAAUAUGUUAUAGAGAGUCUCAGAGGAUUUGACCUAUUCCCGCAAACUUCCCAUGUGGAAUCCGUAGCGGUGCUCAGGUUGUCUUCCAUGAUUCAUUAGGCUGUACAGUACACAUCUCUCGGAGAAAUAACUUACGGUCUUCUCUUGAC